CAGAGGGCACAUACACAAAACAAGACAUUGUAGAUAACCAGACAGUCCUCAUCAGUAUAUGGGAUACAGUUCAAGAGGAUACGGAAAGUCUGAUGCGAUACAUCAACUGGGCCGACUGCCUUGUUAUUGUCUAUAGCAUCACCAGCAAGCAGAGUUUUCAGCAGGCCAAAAUUCUACUCCAGGAGCUCUCAGAUUCACAGAAGGCCAGGGAUGCGCAGGAACUACCAAUAGUGUUGCUAGGCAACAAGAACGAGAUGGAGAGGUACAGGCAAGUCAGCAAAUUGGACGGAAGUGCCCUGGCAACCCAGUAUGCCUGCAACUACCACGAAGUCUCGUCUGCUGGCGAUUACGAGGAUGUCGAACACGUUUUUCACGAGACUGUCCGCGAGAUUAGGAGGGAAGCCGAACGACACAUGCCUCUGAAACCGCUUUUUAUUGAAGAGAAAUCGGUUACCGCAACGGAUAGUGGAAGCGUUAACGCUAAUGCGCAUGGGCACCACGGUGCCAGGACAAAAUUGGCGUCGCCCAAGGCGCCAAGGGUUGUGCCGAAAAGGACGGUAUCGAGUUUCAAGUUCUUCAACAAAGGAUUCAAAAUAUUUUCGCAAUGAUCCGUGCCUGUUAAAAAAAGCGAUGAAUUGUGGCUUGAAUUAUGUAGAAAUUGUAUUUUGUUAGCCUUAUGUGAAGUGAAGCAAAGGAUAAACUGAAAUAGUUGUGACGUGGAAUAGAGCAGAAGACAAAGGCAGGAUUGGGCCAAUCGAGAAAUCGCCGAUACGUCAACAAAUGAUGAGUGCCUGAAUACACGGAAUAGGGACAUCAUGGCAGGCAAGCUACCAAUCAAAAGUGACACAAACCAUAUUGCAAACAGUAGAAAUACUGAAGGAGAGAAUGACUAGAAGACCAAUUUUCCUCUUCGACCAACAGUUCUUAAUUAAAAGAAAUGUUUUUCUAAAGGUAGAAAAAGAAAAUGAGUAAUAUGAUAUAAAACAAAAAGAAAGGGAGAGUAAAAUAAUGAUCUUGACCUUAUUUCUUUACUGAUUGAUCAUCUUGCUUUCCCUUGCAGGAUAGGGAUUGGUAAAAAUAACAAUCUGACUGAGAACAAGAUUGUAAAGGUUUUAUGCCAUAUUUCAUAACAGUAACUACACUUUUGUCAUUUUGGACAAAGAUUUCAAACCUUUACGGCAUAUCCCCCCAUUUAUUCAUGAGUUUAGUUACAUUUAGUGACUUUGUUUUAGAAUUUUUCUAAACUCUGGUAAAAGGCCCAGACACUGAGAGUAACACCCCCCCCCCCCCCACACACACACAAGAAAUCACAUUCAAGCAUUCGUGUCGUACCAAUUAUAAAACAUUGCCACUCCCUUUAAUGUCCUUGAAGGUAAAAUAAUUUAGUAUAUCAAUGGUGUAUGUGUGCAUUAUUUGAUAAAUAAAAACAAAGGAAAAAUAUGAAUAAAAAAUUAUGUGUCCACCAUCCGGUUUUGUUAUUUGCAUAGUACUGCCAAUUUGGAUAUUACUUCCAAUCACUUUGCUCUACCCUACACAAAAGGGAAGCGUUAAUUAAUCCAGAUUUGUCUCCAAAACUGGACAUGAAUUUUCGUUGAAUCCUUCUCCAUUAAAGUAGCAAUUCAUUUCAGGAAGAUGAUUCCGAGUGUUAGUUCAUGAAUAUAUAUGUAUCUUUCGUCCUCCGGUGCACAUAAUCAUCUUCAAGGACCCCCCCCCCUGUCUGGUUUCCCACGUAACAUUCUCAUAAAUGUAUCCCUUUUUUAGCUAUUUCUGAUUUGUCCGUAUUGAUAAUUGUCAAGUACAGAUUUAAGGACAUGAAGGAAAUUGGGGAAGGGGACCACCAUCAGAUAUCACCACCAUCAUCGUCAUCACCAAAUUCACCACCGUCCUCUUCAUCCCCAUCAUCACCAUCACAACUAUCAUCAUCCUCAUCAUCACCACCACCGCCACCACCAUCAUUGCCACAUUCAUCAUCAUCAAGUAUCACCAUUUUCACUCCAGAAAUUACAAACAUUAAAGGGAAACCUUCACAAAAACAUCCUUUUCUUUUUCAAGGAAUUGUUCCAGUAUUUAUUUUGAAAUGUUAGAAAUAAACAUCUUUGAGUUUGAUACCUUUUCACAUUUCCAUAAUGUGUAAUGUAUGUACAUAUUUCAAAUACAUGUAUUCAAGUAAUGCAUUAUUUCCAUUGGUGUCAAUUCAAUAUCCUGGACUGUUUCAGAGAGCUUGUUAUCAAUCAUCUAAUAAAAUGUUAGAAAUUUAUGACAAACUUUGCCUUUGACCAAUCAAAUAGCACUAUUUCAGUUGCUUACAGCAUUAUCGUAUGGAAUUGAUAACAAGUUUUGUGAGACAAGGUCCAAAGCUUGAUGGCACUGUCAGUUUGCUACACAUAAUUCUGCACAAUAAGAGACUUAAUUGUAAUUUGACCUAUAUACAAUGAAUAUUAUUAUUCUUGUUUUAUUUGAAUUCUGUGUAAUAAGGAGAAUAGACAUUCAGUUAUGGGGAACCAAAGAAUAAUGUUUGAUAGCACCAAGCAUCCCUACAAAUUCAAGGAAAAAGCCAGACUUUGCAAGAAGUCUGUACCAAUACACAUCCAAAUUUUUGAAGCAUGGAUAUAGAAAAAGAAAAUCUCUCUGAUCUGACCUGGCCAAUUGUUAUUCACCAAAGAUUUUCAAACAAUUUGAUAUACAUAUAAAAGGGAACAUUGCAAAGUGCUUAGUGGUUUCAUCAGCAUAUAAGGUCCAACCAACAAAACAUUUUCUCUGCUUUGUUUACCCUCUAGACACAUUUCUGAUCCAUACUUGGUGAAUAGCAAAAAAAAAAUUAAAUUAAAAAAAAUCAAGAUAAAUGAGCAGCCUUUACGAGUAAGGAGAACAAGGGGAAUAUCAGUUUACAACAUUUAUAGAGUGGCUACCAAUAUGUAGAGUCACAUAUUCUAAAAUACAUCAUGAAAUAUUUAAAUAUGGCAUAAUUCAAUUAAUUUGAUAGCUGUAAAUUAUGAAUAAUAUUAAAUUCAGUUUAUUAUCUAAUAACAACCCCAGUCUUUUGAGACCAUAUAUAAUUUUUGUCUUUUGAAAGGGUGGAUUUGAAGUUAGAAUCAUUUUAAUAAAGUACAGAGGAUUAGAGUUUUAGGUGAAUUUCAACAGCAAUUUUAAUGCUAUUCACAUAAUACUUGCUUCGUUUUCAUGCAAGUUUGGUACAGAACAAACUCUGUUAAGUGCCCUUUGAUGCAUACAAUUUAUUAAACAUAGGCAUUGCUGCCAGCUUUGCUUUUGUCCCCCCCCCCCCUCAUCAAAGCUUAAUUGCAUACAAUCCCACAUACAUGUACAUUUGAGAUUGAUUACAUACAUUUCUUGUAGGCAUACCUUGACAAAUGAAAAAGUACUUUGUAUUCAAAUGAAUAUUUUGUUUGAAUGUGUAGGCAAUAAAUAUUUGUAGAAGACAAAAAAAUAAACUGAUUUGUGAAGAUU